UCUCCGCACAGAAGCCUCUCCAGUGUGGGCCAGUGUUCAGGCUGAAUCACAGCUCAUCCGCUGGGAAUUAAAAAGACGAGGUGGACGUUUGGAAACUGUUGCGCGCCGGAGCGCAGCGCAGUGGAGAGCUCAGCUCAGCUCGGGUCAUGGCACAGAAGUCAACUCCAGGCUGGUUUGGACUUUUCCUCUCUACGUCGACCAUAGUGGCCAUUCUCGUGUGGACUCCUGCCUGCGCUCAGCAUCCAAGGAGCCGUGUUCAUCGACCAGUCAGGAACUCUGAGCCUGUUGUGAUAGCAGGCAGAGUUUCAAGGUUUUAUCUGAGCCCCGAUCAGCUCCGACAGCUGCACUUCAAACCCACCAUCCGCUCCAUCCAGCUGUCAGAGGGCCACGAGUCCAAGUUCAACUGCUCCAUCGACAUCCCCGACGCCCGGGUGGAGCCCACCAUCAUCUGGGUGAGGAACCGCCAGGAUCUGGCAGCAAAUGUUCAGGUGGUGAUCAACGAGCUCCAGACUGUCGCAGAUGGGGUUACGACUCUCCUCUCCACUGUCAGCAUCAACUAUGUGCAGAGGGCGGAUGCUGGGGAGUAUCGCUGCAGGCUGAGCAUCGGCAACACGCUGGUGGAGUCUCAGCCAAUCAUCGUGGAGGUGAAUGGUCUGCCCACAUUUAUCCAUCAGCCAGAGGACAGGAACAUUACAAGAGACACGCCUUUCACUCUGUCGUGUGAGGCGGUGGGACCCCCGGACCCUGUUCAGAUCCGCUGGCUCCGUGAUGGAUUACCUGAUAGUGACUUUCAUAACUCUCCCAGCAGCUUCUCUGUGUCAGGUGUGGACAAGUACACUCAGUUCAGCUGUGAAGCUUACAACAUGAAGGGUGUCACCACCUCCAGAGAAGCAAAUAUCAACAUUAAAGUGCUUCCCAGUCCUAUGUAUAAUGUGACCGUGUUGGAAAUGCAGUCCAAUAAGUUGCUGUUGAGCUGGAGCCCUGGUCACGAUGGUUUCUCUCCGCUCACCAAAUGCCACAUCAGGGUUAAAGAGGUGAGUCGGCGGAAGGGGGAGGUGAUGACCACCAGGUUCGUCAACGUUACUGUGCCGCCAUUCCAGUCUGAAAUCCCUGGGCUCCAGGCUUUGACGCUGUACAACAUGAGUGUGUCCUGCAGCAAUGAGGUUGGAGUGUCUCCUGUCAGCGUGUGGAUCCAGAGCAACACCACAGAGGGAGUGCCGUCAGUUUAUCCCCGAAACGUCACCAUACAACAGAACGAGUCGUGGCUGGUGAUCAGGUGGAAACCUCCGCCGGAUGACAAGAUAAAUGGCAUACUGCGUGGUUACGAUGUCAUUGUCAGACACGGCAUUCAAGAGAAAAAGAUCCACAGUUAUAGCACCACGGCCUUUGUACCUGUGCAGGAAUUCAACACAACCUACAGUGCAGAGGUGGCAGCGUGCACGCAGGCAGGGAGCGGAAUGGUCAGCCCACGAGUCUGGCUGUUUGUGCCAGAAGAGAAAUCAUCCGUGCACCCAUCCUCCAGCCCUGACACUGGGGUCCCAGACUCUGUGUACGUCGUGCUGGGAGUGGUGUGUGGCCUCUGUCUCCUGCUCAUCAUCCUCUGGGGGGUUAUCUGUGUACACAACAGGACAUCUGACUCUUGGUUUGGGCAGGUGUUUGGAGGUGGGGAAAAGCCGCAGCCUGUCGUCCAGUACAAACCCCAGAGAUCCUACAAUCGAUCAGUCAUAGAAGUCACACUUGCGAACCUUGGUGUUAGCGAUGAACUCCAGGCCAAACUUCAGGACGUGAUGGUCAUGAGGAACUUGCUCACGAUAGGGAAGGUUCUUGGAGAGGGUGAAUUUGGCUCAGUGGUGGAGGGACAUUUAAGGCAACCAGACGGAACAUCGGAAAGAGUGGCUGUGAAGACAAUGAAACUGGAUAGCUUCUCUCACAGGGAGAUUGAAGAGUUCCUGAAUGAGGCGGCCUGCAUGAAGGAUUUCAACCAUCCUAACGUCAUCAGCCUGCUCGGUGUUUGCUUGGAAGUUGUCUCAGGACAUUUUCCCAAGCCCAUGGUCAUUCUACCAUUCAUGGAAUACGGAGAUCUUCACAGCUUCCUGCUGCGCUCACGCCUGGGAGAGAGCCCAAUGUUCUUGCCCACGCAGACACUCCUGAAGUUCAUGGUUGACAUUGCUUUGGGUAUGGAGUAUCUCAGCGGACGCAACUUUCUACAUCGAGACCUGGCAGCUCGUAACUGCAUGCUGCGUGAUGACAUGACGGUGUGUGUAGCAGACUUUGGUUUAUCAAAGAAGAUCUACAGUGGAGACUAUUACAGGCAAGGCAGGAUAGCCAAGAUGCCUGUGAAAUGGAUUGCAGUGGAGAGUCUGGCAGACAGAGUCUUUACUGUAAAGAGUGAUGUGUGGGCUUUUGGCAUCACCAUGUGGGAGAUCGCUACACGAGGCAUGACUCCCUACCCCGGCAUCCCAAACCAUGAGAUAUACGAUUACCUUGUUGAAGGACACAGACUGAAACAACCAACAGACUGUUUGGACGAACUGUAUGAGAUCAUGUACAGCUGCUGGAGGGCUGAUCCGCUGGACCGACCUUUCUUCCCCCAACUGCGGGAAAUGUUGGAAAAGCUCACAGACAAGCUCCCAGAGUCUUUCAGCAGGGACGAUAUCAUCUAUAUUAACACCAGCUUUCCUGAAGAGGACCUCGAUGGGGACUCACAUCCUGCAGAGCAUCCUGUGUUCAGCUCCUCCCCUUCCUGCAGCCAUCGGGCGGCAGAAAAUUCAGUCAUCACCGUGGACGUUCAUGGGAGCGUGGAGGACGAGGAAGACGAGGGCGAUGAUCGCUACGUGGUGGUGAUCUCCUCUGAUCCUUCCCUGAGAUCUGCUGAAGUGGACACUCCUCUUCUGUCGAGUGAUGCUUUAAGUCGAGCAAACAGAGACACUGGGAUUGACCACAGCUCAAGUGACACGUCUUUCCUGCUGUAACGUUCGAUACCCAGCAGAUUAAAACUUUAAUAAAACUGUCACUUUGCUGCCUCAGCACUAAAAAUGUCGCCUCAUUACACUGGGAGAACCUCAAUGUCUCCUGGUGUGGACUUUCUGUAGUGUUGUCAUUUAAGCAGCUUCAUGCUUUAAGUGAACGGCCUGUACGUCAGUGUUAAGAAUGUUGUCCAAUAAGCUUAAGAUGCACUGAACUGUGAAAUUGUUUACUGUGCUGAAUUGUGUGUUGCUAUGUAAAUAUAGAAAUGUACAGAGCAUUUAUAAAGUGAUCUUAUACUAUAAAAAUAUAAAAGACUAAUUCCAUGACUCAUUUGAAACUUGAUGAUUAAACUGGGC